CCCAGAUUUCGUAGUGGAGUCUGACUUGCCCCUCCUGUCUGCCGCCCAGCCAGGGUCUCGAAUACGGUGGGUGGAGGCAGUUCCUGCAGACUUUCUGGGCAUUUGCAACGAAAAGUGUGACUUGGCAGCGUUUUCUGGUUCAUUGUCCAUUUUGCGGUGCAUCAUUUGCGUAUCACACACUUUCUGGAGUCCCGUGGAAGGUGGCAGCCCGUCAGCAGAUCUGUUACUCAUACUCAGACCAAGGGCUUGAUUGUGACUGUUUCUUACCCAAAAUAGUCUGUGCUUAUUCUGGGAUAUCAGAAACUUCAGCGGCUUAUCAAAUUUUUAUUUCCUCAGAAAUUAAGCGAGCCUGGUUGGAGAGUCAGCUGGGCUCUAGUUGUCAUCUUCUGGUUCAUCAUCCUGGCCUCCGGCACAGAUUUAGAUGCUGCAACCACGGGGUUGCAUUUAAAAACAAAGCCAGAACAUUUCCAUACUGUCACAUGAAGGAAGUGGAAUUUAAUUUAGCCUCAAAAAUUACAUCUUGCCUGAUUGGGGAGAGAUGGUCCACUUAAUGCUGGAAUCCUGGAAUGGCAGGCGGCGGCUAUGUGUGUUCCCAAGACAGAGUCAGAACUCUUAAAAAUGUUCUCAAGGGUGUAAUUUUUUAAUUGGGAUUUGAAUGAGGAAAUUGAGGCUUUGAGAGGUGCAGUGACUUGUGUUCAGUGACAGCCCUGGGAUCGGGAGCAGGGCUGUAAUUAAACCCUCGAUCUUCGUAGCCUCGGUCCAUUCAUCACUCUUCGCUUACCGCCCAGUGCCUUAGCUGUCUGUCUUGACAGGGAGGCCAAGGGGACUCAGGCCGUAUCCCUGGGACUGGGCCCAGGAGGGGUGCCUCUAGGUGGGGUGCCUCCUCGGCAGUUGUGGUUCACUGGACUGGUACAACAACCAGGAUGGAAAACUUUGCCACACGGGAAUAGUGUGUAGAAAAACAUCAGAGAUGGGGUUACUGUGUAGAUUACAUAGGGGAAACUCUCUAAAGUUCACGGCCUGUAUCCAAACUUCUUUGGGCAGAAUAACCAACAUUUGCAAAAUAAUGCCUUUGUCAUAAAGAGCCCAUAAUAAACUGUUAGGUCAAAGAUAUGUAACACUUUAAAAACACCUCUCCCUGGUACACAGCUGCCCAGGUAUUGUAAAAACUCAUUUCCUUUGUGUCACAUUGCAAAGAGACACCCCCACCCCCACCCCCCGCCCUGCCACCCCACCUUGUUAGAGUUCUUUAGGUUCCAGGGCGCCUGGCUGGCUCAGUUGAUGAAGCAUGUGACUCUUGACCUUAGAGUCGUGAGUUGGAGCCUCACGUUGGGUGUGGAGAUUACAUAAAAAUAAAAUCAGGAUGCCUGGGUAGCUCAGUCAGUUUAGCGUCAGACUUCAGCUCAGGUCAUGAUCUCACGGUCUGUGGGUUCGAUCCCUGCAUCAGGCUCUGUGCUGACAGUGUGGAGCGUGGAGCCUGCUUUGGAUUCUGUGUCCCUCUCUCUGCCUUCUGCUACUUGCACUCUGUCUGUCUCUCUCAAAAAUAAAUAAACAUCAAAAAUAAAUUUAAUAAUAAAAAAAUAAAACCUUAGGGGUGCCUGGGUGGCUCAGUUGAUUAAGCGUCUGACUCUUGACUUUGGCUCAGGUCAUGAUCUCAUGGUUUGUGAGUUUGAGCCCUACAUGGGGCUCUGUGCCGGCAGUGUGGAGCCUGCUUGGGAUUCUAUCUCCCUCUCUCUGCCCCUCCCCUGCUUGCUCUUAAUCUCUCUCUCUAAAUAAAUAAAAAUAGACUUUAAAAAACCUUUAAAAAAAGAGUUAUUUGGGUUCCAGUUUCUAAGUGGCUUUGCUUUGUAAAGCAUUCUAAUGGACAGGAGAUGAAAAGACCGCUUUUAUGCCAGUGACUUAUUUUAUUGCAUUUUGCAAGAAUGACUAUAAUCUCAGAAUGGGAACUCAAUCUGAUUUGCUGCAAGUAAAGAUCACCAAUUAGGAAAUCUUAGGGACUAGGGUGACCUGAAAGUAUGAAUAUAAUUUUAGUUGGUCUCUUUUCUUAAUCCCUUUUUUUAAAGUUUAUUUAUUUCUUUUUGAGAGAGAGAGAGAGAGAGAGAGAGAGGGAGAGAAUGUACGCAUGCACUUGAGUGGGGGAAGGGCAAAGAGACAGGGAGAGAGAGAAUCCCAAGUAGGCUCUGCACGGUUAGCGCAGGGCCCCAUGCGGGGCUCGACCUCAUGAACCCUGAGAUCAUGACCUGAGCCAAAAUCAAGAGUCAGAUGCUCAACUAACUGAGUGACCCAGGCGCCCCAAUUUUAACUGGUCUCUUAAUACAAUGAUGAAAUGCUGUAGAAUGCAUCAAAAAACUUUUGAAAUCAGAGUUUUGUCAAAGAUUAAUCUGUCUUCAUUCUGCUUUACCCUGAGGGCAAGGAUGCGAUGGGGGCUUCCCAGUGUCAGUUGUGGUAUAUUGGACUAGAACCAGAACAAGUGCUUCAGUGGGUCGUCACAACAAGGGGCCCAGAGAUGUGUGGUAGAGCGCCUGGCUGCUGGGUUGCACUGGAUGUACCAGCAUUCAGGGGAAGAUUCACGGAGGAUACCGCAGGAGAUUCUACGGGCCGGGCCUGGAAGCGACGCACAUCAUUUCCACCCAGGCUCUACUGGCCAGUUUCAGUCCCACGGCCCCACCUGGAUGCUGAGGGACUGGAAAACGUCUUUGUGGAUGCCAGGCAGAGGACAGACAGCAGCAAUAUUGGGGCUGUGACAACAGCCAAACGGACAGGCAUCCCAGCUCCUCGAGAACUUUCGGUAACCGUCUCCAGAGAGAGAACCGUGCCACGCGGUCCCUCCAACCCCAGGAAGUCAGUGUCCAGCCCCACGUCUUCCAGCACACCCACCCCUACGAAGCACCUGCGGACCACCUCCGCAAGACCCAAGCCAGAGAAUGAAGGCGGGGAAAAGGCCGUGCUCGAGUCCCAGGUUCGGGAACUCCUGGCAGAAGCCAAAGCGAAAGACAGUGAAAUUAACAGGCUUCGAAGCGAGCUGAAGAAAUGUAAGGAGAAAAGGACUCCGAGCACUGAAGGAACCGAGCCUUCCGACGCAAAUGCAGAUGGAACGCCUGUCUCCCCAGGUGACUCGGAACCCUUGCUAAGAGCUCUUGAGGAGAAGAACAAGAAUUUUCAGAAGGAGCUUGCAGAUCUGGAGGAGGAAAACCGGGCCUUAAGGGAGAAACUGACUCAUCUGGAGCAUUCCCCAAAUUCGGAGGGGGGUGCUAGUCACACGGGGGAGAGCAGCUGCCCAACGUCCGUAACUCAGGAGUCCAGCUUCGGAAGCCCACCGGGAAAUCAGCUGUCGGGCGAGCUCGAUGCGUAUCGGCACCCCAUACACGAAAACGCGUUAAGGACAUCAGGCUCUUCAAGCAGCGACGUCACCAAAGCUUCUUUGUCCCCGGAUGCCUCGGAUUUCGAGCACAUCACAGCCGACACGCCCUCCAGGCCCCUGUCCUCCAGCAGCAACCCCUUUAAGAGCUCCAAGUGCUCCACGACAGGCAGCUCCCCCAACAACGUGAGCGAGCUGUCCCUGGCCUCCCUCGCGGAGAAGAUACAGAAGAUGGAGGAAAACCAGCACAGCACGGCCGAGGAGCUGCAGGCUACUCUGCAGGAGUUGUCGGACCAGCAGCAGAUGGUUCAGGAGCUGACGGCCGAAAACGAGAAACUGCUGGACGAGAAGACGAUCCUGGAGAGUUCUUUCCACCAGCACCGAGAGAGGGCCGCGCAGCUAAGUCAGGAGAACGAGAAGCUGAUAAACCUCCUGCAGGAGCGCGCAAAGAGCGAGGAGCCCGCCGCCGUUCAAGAAGGCAAAAUCCUGGAGCUGGAGCAGAAGUGUGCAGAAAUUCUUGACCAGGGCCGCUUUGAAAGAGAGAAGCUGCUGAACAUCCAGCAGCAGCUGACCUGUAGCCUCCGGAAGGUGGAGGAGGAGAACCAAGGAGCUUUGGAAGCGAUUAAACACCUCAAGGAAGAAAACGAAAAGCUGACCGGGGUUCUGGAACGGGAGCGGUGUAAUAACGGUGUGAUGGCCAAAACUCUGGAGGAGUGCAAGGCGACCUUGGAAGGGCUGCAGAUUGAAAAUGGGUCUUUGAAGGCGCAUUUGGAGAGUGAGCAGCAGAAAGCGACGGAGACCGGUCCCGUGGGGCAGACGGCAGAGGCGCGUGAAGUUCAAGAGAUGUUGAGAGUCGCUCGAGCUGAGAAGGAUCAGCUGGAACUGGCUUGCACCGAGCUCAGGCAAGAAUUGCUAAAGGCCCAUGGUGAAAUUAAACAUGUUUCAAGCCUACUGGCCAAGGUGGAAAAGGAUUAUUCUUACUUGAAGGAGAUAUGUGAUCGUCAGGCAGAACAGCUGAGCAGAACCAGCCUCAAGCUGCAGGAGAAAGCGUCAGAGAGCGAUGCGGAGAUUAAAGACAUGAAGGAAACCAUAUUUGAACUAGAAGAUCAGGUGGAACAGCAUCGGGCUGUCAAGUUACAUAACAACCAGCUCAUCAGUGAGCUAGAAAGCAAUGUGAUGAAGCUGGAGGAACAGAAGUCAGACCUGGAAAGGCAGCUAAAGACGCUCACUAAGCAGAUAAAGGAGGAGACCGAGGAGUGGAGACGGUUCCAGGCGGACCUGCAGACCGCGGUGGUGGUGGCCAACGACAUCAAGUGUGAGACACAGCAGGAGCUACGCGCCGUGAAGCGGAGGUUGCUGGAGGAAGAGGAGAAGAACGCGAGGCUGCAGAAGGAGCUGGGGGACAUGCAGGGCCACGGCAGACCUGUGAAUGAAGAGUCAGAACCCCCCGAGGUCGAUGCUCCCAGCCGGUGGCAUGGCGUCUAUGUGAACAGAACAUCUCCGACGCCUUCGGAAUCUGCGACCACCGUUAAGUCCCUCAUCAAGUCAUUUGACUUGGGACGUCCAGGUGGAACCGGACAGAAUAUUUCUGUCCAUAAAACCCCCAGAAGCCCCCUGAGUGGGAUCCCCGUGAGGACCGCUCCAGCUGCUGCUGUUUCUCCAAUGCAGAGACACUCCACUUACAGUAGCGUUCGGCCAGCCAGCAAAGGUGUGACUCAGCAUUUGGAUCUUCCAGAACUUCCACUCUCAGAUCUUCUAAAGGGAAGGGGUGAGGACCUGAAACCGGACCCUUACCUCCGCAAGAGCCCCUCGCUCGAGUCUCUGAGCAGACCCCCUUCUCUGGGCUUCGGGAACACGAGGCUGCUGAGCGCUUCCACGGGGGGCUUGAAACCACAAAGCAAACUCAGUGUGGAGAGAAGAGACCCCCUGGCUGCCUUGGCCCGGGAAUAUGGCGGCUCCAAGCGCAACGCUCUCUUGAAAUGGUGUCAGAAGAAGACAGAAGGCUAUGCGAACAUCGAUAUCACCAAUUUCAGCAGCAGCUGGAGUGAUGGCUUGGCCUUCUGUGCUCUCCUCCAUACCUACCUGCCUGCCCACAUCCCGUAUCAGGAGCUGAACAGUCAGGAGAAAAAAAGAAAUCUCUUGUUGGCAUUUGAAGCAGCUGAAAGUGUGGGCAUCAAACCCAGCCUGGAGCUCAGUGAGAUGCUGUACACGGACCGGCCCGACUGGCAAAGCGUGAUGCAGUACGUGGCCCAGAUCUACAAGUACUUUGAGACGUAAACCCGGAAGGGCCCUCGAGCAGCCGCCCACCGCCCGCAGCCUGUCCUGGGGGCACCUGGUCACUUUGCACAGGCCCUGCUCCGUCCACCACCCUCAAAACGCUCGAUCCGGGGGGGCCCACACACAAAUAAGAACGGAGCUGGGUUCCAGGGCACACCUACUUUUAAUCUAGAUGCAUUUGGCGCGUAAGUUGGAAAGCCUUGCUCUCCCACGGGCCUCCCUCCUUCUAGACCUAAGGGUCCAUGCCCAGGCUCACUCCGUGAGAACCCAGUAGGACAUCUCCGGUCACACGCCACGACCUCACCCAUGGGCUGCGGAGCCUCACGACAAACAGCCAUCUUUUCACUAAAACUCCUUCCUUUGGCCUUUAGAAAAACUUUGCCCCUGCCACCACCCACGGCCUCCGAAACCCACACGCUCAUCAAAACACAAAAAGGACAAACACUUGGCUCUGGAGCAGCUUGGAAAAACGCUCCAGCCCUGCCUUUUGGGGGCCGUAACGCUUCCGUUCCAGACAACAGUUUGAACACCUAGAACCAGACUGAGCAGUUUACAUCUCGCUGUCACUUACUGGAGUCUUUGGGGGGAAGACAAGACGCGCCAGCACACAAAGCAGCCCGUGGGCGCUUUGCUGCGGUGGCCCGUGGGGUGGCUCGCGGAGAGAAGCGUGUGUCUGUCCGUGUGCUGGGACGCGGUCACACUCCGAAGCCCCGGGCCAGGCGGUCCCCCGCGUGCUGGAAGGGACCCGUCAGCACCUGCCCACCUGCUGUGUUUGCCCCGCGAGUCCACACGCCCGUGCACGCCCGCACACGUUUGCCCCAGGUGCCGAACCUAACAGGAAGCCCCCUGCGUGCGAAGCGGCCUGCGCCCACCCGGGUCUUCGUGUGUUUGCGCCAACAGGCUGAAGAGGUGCCGGGCGGACGGCAGGCGAAAACAGUAUUUGAACUCUAGACUCCAGUCUUCGGUAUCUCCUCGGGCCCUUCACAUCUGCAUGGCAACAGCAAGCCCUGAGCGGUGGGCAGGGAUGGCUCCAUUUAGAAGUGAACCGUCUACUGUCCUGCCGUCACCCCUAGUGGCUGCAGAGGGCACACCCCCCCCCCCCCCGCCCCAGAUCUUGCAGGGAGACCCGCUGAGGACCCACCUGGCAGCUCCCUGGAGGUCGGUGGGGCCCGCAAAUGUGCAUCAUGUAGCACGUGAAGGCGUGGCUCACAGGGUAGUCAGGUGACCUCAGUGCCUGCCACCUGCUGAUGCAAGUGAUUCCUCCCCACCGCCCCCAAGGGCCGUCCCUGUGUCAGUCGCUGAGACCUCCCAGUGUCACUCUGCAGUAAAUCUCUGCAGGGGGUCCGCCCCUCACUCUCAGGCUGCCACCCCUGCCUGCUUACCCGUCCUCCUCUGUGGCCCUAGAUCAGGAUCUCCUGCGGAACGUGUUCAAAACGCACCCUCCUGGCCUGCCCCAGCCGUCGAACCAGGGAUGUCUUCUGUAUGUUUCCAGAGUUCCCCUGACAGCCACGGAGAGGAGAGAAGGCCUUUCCUCUUGCUCCUCAGGGCAGGGCGGUGAGUGGCAUCUGAGGUCUCUCCGGAGCAGUUUGGGGAGGAUGAUGUUGUCAGUGGCUCUUUUGUUUUCAAAUGGAAAUGGAGGCACAGCCUGAGCAAAUUUACUUUACUCCUUCCUGAGGAGCGUAUCCAAAUGGAAGGGAUUCCCUGUGUGGCUCCACGCAUCUGUCUUUUGUUGACAUAACAGGCAUUUCCAUGACCUCCAAGCCUCUGCCUUGCUCACCCUUGCAGUGGGGAAAGGUUAGUAUCCCGAGUAUCGGGGUGAGCUCUCGGUUGUUGUGUUUAAUCUGGGAUUACUUCGGGGUUUUGUGUGGGAGAGGCCGAAGAGGUCUAGGGAUACCUGGAGGGGGUGUUUAGCAUUACUGGGCCCUGUUUUUAGUGAUUACAGUAAAUGAGUCCGAUGAUUCAGCUCUGGGCGAAGCAAGGUCUAUGCAGGGGUGACGUUGCCAUUUCUUCUCCUCCAACACUGGAGCCUGCUGCUCCCUUUAGCUGAAAAAGAAAGAAAUGUCCUAUGAAAGAAAGGCCAUGUGCCAUUUAUUUUUAUAACUCAAAGAAGGUCCUUGACUACCAUUUUCUUUGCCAGUGGGCACGCUUCCAGAAGGGGAAGCCUGGUGGUGGUUGGGGGGCAGGUCUGGCCCCGCAGGGUCCUUCGAGGGGGACCGGGCCUUCCAGCACUCGCAGAGCCUCAGACCGGGGCAAGCUGUCCCCGCCCCAGUGCUGGGCCACCGGAUGGGGAUUUUAGACCCAUUUUUAAUUGCCCCAGCAGAGUGGAGGAGUUCUUCAAAGACUUAAAGCCGAGUCCACGGGUUCGUUCACUGGGAGAUCUUUCGUGGACGUGAACUCUAGCUGCCUGAUGGUGGUGCCCCCGCCCCUGCUCCCCAGGGCGAGCAUAUUCUGAGGAACCAGGCGAACGCCCACUUCCCUUCCCACCCUAGUCCCUUCUCACUUCAGAAAUGACAUUAGUCUUGGGUUUUCGUUCUUCAUUCAGCUGUUGUGUUGUAGCUUUGGUUGAGAGUUUCCCUAAGCGGUGAGCCAUGCGGCGGUGACGAACGUUCAUCUGCGGUGUUCUCUUCCCCCGCGGAAACCGAUGUUCCCUGAAUCUCUCGGGGGAGGGCAGGCACUUCACCGGCCCGCAGAAGCCCGUGGAAGGAGAGGACUCGGCCCCCGUACACAAACCCAUAUGCCAAAUCCGGCCGCGGCUUCUCCUGGCCCAAAGCUCGAGUGCCAUUUUGAGGUGAACCACCAGUGACACGCAGUAAAGAACAGGACACAGCUACCUUUUUAAGAAGUACUUUUAAGUAUCCCGUUUGCCCCAGUGCCCCGGGUGUGUCACUCCUCCGACCCAGGCUAGACUGCGGCUAAGUCUACACCAUCUCGGCCCGAUCACUAAUUUUAACUACAUUAGUUGAAUACAGUGGAUACAUCUGUGGCCUCGUUUCUAGAAAGAGCACACCCAGCACUGUCGGGACGUGAUGUGCCAACGUAGACAUAUUAACUAUUAACAUUUGGAAGUGUAUGAUGUACGACUGUGUCACAUUUCUAAUAAAUAUAUUUUGUUUCUGUC